AUGAAACAGGGUAAUGUCUCCAAGGCUGAUGCAUUUCUAACUAAUGAUACAACCAGGAUUUGUGGUGUUAGAGACUAUAUCGAGCCAGGCGUAACAAAUGUCACCGUUCAAUGGAAUGGAGCGAAUUGCACCAGAUCCUGUGAUUUCUAUGGAAACGAUCUAUCUCAUAUUGAAAUUUCACCAAAGGUCUGCGGUUUGAGAUGUACUCAAACGCAGGAAUGUACUCAUUAUACGUGGAGCUACACGAAUGGUGGUACUUGUUGGUUGAAAAAUGGUAAUGUCUCCAAAGAUGAUGCAAUUCCAACCAAUAAUCCAUCUAUGGUCUGUGGUAUUAGAGACGAUAGACAUCAAUGUGUAACAAUUUUCACCGUCGAAUGGAAUGAAUCGAAUUGGACCAGAUCCUGUGAUUUCUUUGGGAACGAUUUUUUGCGUGUUCAAAUUUCAUCAGAGCUCUGUGGUUUGAGAUGCGCUCAAACCCAACCAUGUACUCAUUAUGCGUGGAACAACGGGGAUGGUGGUACUUGUUGGCUGAAAAAUGGUAAUGUCUCCAAAGAUGAUGCAUUCUCAACUAAUAAUCCAACCGAUGUCUGUGGUAUUGUAAAUGAUGAUCAGCAAGAUAUAACGAACUCCAUUGUUCAAUGGAAUAAAAUGAAUUGGGCUAUGUCCUGUGACUUCAACGGGCAUGAUCUGUUUCACAUCAAAAUGUCAGCAGAACUCUGCAAUGAAACAUGUCUUCAAACGCAGGAAUGCACUCAUUAUACGUGGACAACGUUGAAUGGGGGUACCUGUUGGAUGAAACAGGGUAAUGUCUCCAAGGAUAAUGCAUUAGUAACUGAUGAUCCAACCAUGAUCUGUGGUAUAAUAACGAGUGCUAAAGGCCUAGAUACAAAGUAUUUUUGA